UCAUUGUCCCUAUCAUCAUUCUCACAAUAAUAAACAACUCAUCAUCAUUUAAUAACUCUCAUAAUCCUCCUCGCCAGCACCAGCACUCUCAACACAACACACAAUGGCCACUCGCAUGUUCCUCAGAGGAGCAAUCACCAAACGCACCGUUUUAUUCCCUCCAUUCCUCCGUUCCUCCAUUUCAUCUUCUCGAAAUGGUAGCACUCUUGUUGUAGCGGAGCACGAAAACGGCGCCAUCAAAUCCCCUUCCCUCUCCGCACUCCUCGCCGCCGCGUCUCUUCCCGACAACGACUCCUCCGUUUCUCUUCUCCUGGCUGGCUCCGGUCCUUCUCUUCAUCAAGCCGCUUCACAUGCAGCUUCCUCCCACCCUUCCAUCUCUCAGGUGCUGGUGGCGGAUUCAGAAGCGUUCAAGAGUCCACUGGCGGAACCUUGGGCUAAACUAGUCCAUUUGGUUCAACAAAAAGGUGGUUACUCUCAUAUAAUUGCAGCUUCGAGUUCGUUUGGUAAAAAUGUCAUGCCGCGUGUUGCUGCUCUUUUAGAUGUUUCUCCGGUUACUGAUGUUACAGGAAUUUCUGAUUCUCAUACUUUUGUAAGGCCAAUAUAUGCUGGAAAUGCACUUAGUACAGUGCGAUAUACUGGUGCCAGUCCUUGUAUAUUAACAAUUAGAUCCACAUCUUUUCCUGUUUCUCAGAAGUCUGAUGACUCAAAAUCUGAUAAGGCUUCCAUAUCUCAGGUUGAUCUUUCAACCUUUAACGAAGAUCUGGACAAGUCUAGGUUUGUAUCUCAAACUUCUCGAGAUGACGAAGGACCAGAUCUUGGGAGUGCGCGAGUUGUAGUUACUGGUGGUCGUGCACUAAAGAGUGCUGAGAAAUUCAAGUUGAUAGAAGAUCUAGCCAAGAAACUUGGUGCUGCCGUUGGUGCGACUCGUGCUGCUGUUGAUGCAGGAUUUGUUGCUAAUGAUCUCCAGAUUGGACAAACUGGAAAAAUUGUUGCUCCUGAACUCUAUCUGGCUUUUGGUGUAUCUGGAGCUAUUCAACAUUUGGCUGGGAUGAGGGAUUCUAAAGUCAUUGUUGCUGUGAACAAUGAUGCCGAUGCUCCUAUAUUUCAGGUUGCCGAUUAUGGACUGGUAGGAGAUUUAUUUGAGGUUAUACCAGAGUUGUUGGAGAAGCUUCCCGAGAAAAAGUAAAAUGCAUGGUAUGCAUAUGUUUAUAGUGUAUCAUCCUCAGUUGUUGAAUGUAUCUUCCUUGGAAUUACAAAUUCACAAUAGCAUUUAUUUACCUGAAAAAUUAGAAGAAAAUUAAGUUAAUAAAUAGAGCAUUAUAAUACCAGAAGGCUCAUUUUGCAUUA